ACCAGAACCACAAUAUGCCGCACAGUCAAAGAUAUCAGACCCCGUCCAGGGUAUCAUCAGAGCAAUCAAUUCAUACUAAUCUCUUCAGCCAGUCUAGCUCAUUAUUCGUCCCGUCAGCUAUAAACAAUCGUGUCUUCUCAACCCCCAAUCAAGUACAGAAUCAUGCCGCUCCUGCAUAUCUCAGCUCGUCAAAUAGGGGUUCAUCAAGGGGGAACUUAAGUCGUGUAAGCUCGAGGGCUACAAUACGGCCCUAUCCGUCUUCCCCCUAUCUCUCACAGCAUCCUCAGAGACAAAGGUUGUCAUUACGUCCACCAUCCAGCCAGAUCUCAGCAAAUAAUUCCAGUCAUCUUGAAGGUGAUGAUGACUCGCACGUCGACGAUAUGUUGACCAACGAAGAUGCAGAUGCAUUAAGCGAAAUUAUCCUAGCAGUCGAUAUGAAAGAAAAUGGCAAUCUUGGUUGUGCUUAUUACAUCGCAAUUGAUGAAACUCUGUUCCUCCUUGAAGACGUAGCUAUGUCAGGAAUGGAUCUGGUUGAGACACUUCUUUUCCAUGUUAACCCUACUACUGUGCUUAUAUCCGCCAGGGCCCCAGAGAAAUUAGCAGAUUAUCUUGCGAGGAGGGCACAGGGAGUUGACGGGAAUCGAAAUGACUUGCAGAGCGCAUAUAUCCUGAGAAAUCUCAACUCUGCCGACUUCCGUUAUGACGUUGGAAAGGGAAAACUGUUGGCACUAAAUCUCGAAACGCCCGGACGCCAGAGCGUGCUUUUCACGUCUGUCGUUGACGACAUCAUGGAUGAAGCCGAUGAUAUUGGCGGACAUGAAAGCUCAAGGCAAGGUCGCCUAAUGCGCCUUGGGACUUCAAUAAACCUUGACAGCCGGCUAACGAUCGGCUGUGCUGGCGCAGUGCUUGGAGACCUUCAGAGAAGGAGAACCGUAAAUUACUUACCAAACGACCCUGAUGCCCUAGUAGCAUUCAGAAUCAGAUCGGUCGAGAUGUUCGCUUUAUUUGACUCCAUGUUUGUCAACGCUGAUACCCUGGUGUCCCUUCAGAUUCUACAGUCUGAGUAUCAUCCGAACAGCCACCUGAGAGGUCCCAGUAAUUCAGGGGCUAAAGAAAGUUUAUCUGUCUACGGGCUCUUUCAACAUCUGGCCCGUACACCCCAGGGCAAAUUGAAACUCCGCCAGAUUUUUCUACGACCAAGCACUGAUAUUGAUUUGAUCCAUACCCGCCAGAAGACUAUAUCGUUUCUUCUGCGACCAGGAAAUGCCGAGGCCCUUGUUCAGCUAAGCAACGAGCUCAAAAAAGUCAAGAAUAUGAAAUCGGUAGUAGCCCUUCUUGAAAAGGGAGUCGACAUACCUGGACGUAAAAUUUCUAUCGCGAACAAUGUCUGGGCUUCACUGCAACGAUUCGCAGCCUAUAGUUUACAGAUUGGAGAAUCACUUCGGACCCUGCCGGGUUCAGAGAAUAUUGAGAUCAUUAGAAAGGUGAUCAGUGUCAUUCAGCCGCUUGCCCUUCGUCAAGUAGGCGAGCUUAUUAGUCAAACCAUUGAUUUUGACCAGUCAAUGGAACGUGGAAAGACAGCCGUCAGACAAGGCGUGGAUGCUGACCUAGACGAAUUGAAGCGCAGUUAUGAUGGCAUGGAACAUUUCUUAACCAACGUCAUCGCAAAACUACGAAGCGAGUUGCCGGAAUGGGCGAGAAAGUACAUACAAAACUGUAUAUUCUUUCCGCAGCUAGGUUUCUUAACGGUAGUUUCACUUAACCCCGAGACAGGAAAGGGUAACUAUAACGGCGAAGGUGUAGAUGAUGUAUGGGAGCGUAUGUUCGUGGCUGAGGGUUGCGUAUAUUAUAAAAAUCGGCAGAUGAAGGAGAUGGAUGAACAUUUUGGAGAUGCGUACUGUAUGAUUAUUGACCGCGAGAUUGAGAUUAUUCACGAGCUCGCUGUCAAGGUUUUGGCGCAACGGGAAGCCAUCAUUGCAGCGUCCGAUGUUCUCGGCGAACUUGACAGCCUGUUCGCGCUGGCGAUUGGUUGCGGGCAGUACAACUGGGUUGCACCUAAAAUGACCACUCAAAAUAUCAUACACAUCGAAGGGGGUCGCCAUCCUUUACAGGAGCUUGUGGUCCCGUCAUUCAUUGCUAAUGACUGCUUCCUCGCUGGCGGGCCAGGUGAACAAGCCGAUGAAGGAGAAGAUGAGAGCUCCGCAGAGCUUGAGCGGAACUCUAUAGAACAUCCCAGCACAUUGGUACUGACAGGGCCGAACCACUCCGGGAAGAGCAUAUAUCUAAAACAGGCCGCUCUCAUUGUCUAUCUAGCACAUAUCGGCUGUUUCGUCCCAGCCGAACGAGCUCGAAUCGGAAUCACGGAUCGUAUUCUUACACGUAUCGCUACACGUGAAAGUGUGGCAAAAAAUGAGAGCGCAUUUUCUAUUGACCUACGUCAAGUUGCCUUUGCGAUGAACUUUGCAACACGCAGGAGUCUCGUGUUAAUAGAUGAGUUCGGCAAAGGUACGAACAGCCUAGACGGUGCUGGUUUGGUCACAGCGGUACUAGACCAUUUUACUUCUCUCGGUCCUGAGCGGCCUAAGGUUUUAGCCGCCACGCACUUCCACGAGAUCUUCGAGGGCCAGUUCCUAGUAGAGACCCCAGAGUUAGCAUUUGCGCACAUGGAAAUCCGAGUUGACUUCGAUGCUCCAACUAUGGAGGAUCAAGUUACGCAUCUCUUCCAGCUGGCGCCAGGCCGAAGCAUCUCCAGCUUUGGCAGUCGGUGCGCGGCGAUAAAUGGGAUUGACGAGGCUGUGGUCCAGAGAGCCGAAUCGAUUAUGCUGAUGAUUGUUAAUAAUGAAGAUCUCGAGGUCGUGUGUACCAGGUUAUCGGAUUCAGAGAUGCAGAAGCUUGAGGAGGCUGAAGCUGUUGCGCGAGCUUUCCUUGUGCAGGAUAUUAAAGCGCCGCCCGGCGGUGGUGGGAAGAAAGGGAAGGGUAUCGAUGGGUGGUAUAGAGGGAUCCUCGAGCAAGUGUUGUUGGGCGAUGAGUCGACUUCGGGCUCUAAUAUAGGGGUUAGCUAA